AUGUUUGAUGCGCUGCCCGCUAUGAUCCUCCUCCUCUUCCGUCCGCAGCCGUUGUUGUGACUCAAGCUGUCCAUGGUCACACUGGGAUGGUGCAAAAACAGUGGAGCAUCAAGAACCAGCAGAGGUCCACGCGAAUCAUCAAGCGCCUGGUGGCAAGGACUGCGGAGCAGCCGGGACCUGCGCAGUGGUUGCUGCCGUUGCGCAGGGGCGAGGAGCUGACGGUGAGCGGAGGACUCGAUUUCCGUGUGAUCCGUGGAGCCGUCGAGAUCUGGGGAGCCUCGUGCAGGCCGUCCUCGGAGUUCCAGCGCGUCGUGGCGCCGCCCUGGUCUGCGCUGCCGCGCCUCCGCGCGGCGGGGCCGAGCGGCACCGCGGGGGCGCCCGCGGAGCUCGCGGCGGAGGCCGAGGAGGCCGAGACGGACGACGUGCGGGAGUUCUUGCAGAGCCGCUCCUGGCCGGUCGUCCUGUGCCUGCGCGCCGUGGGGCCGGAGCCUCCGGGCAGCCUCCCGGCGCCAGUGCGCGAGAGGCUGCUGGCACCGCUGGAGCGGCAGCGCCUCCGCGCGCACCGCGCGUGGCCCAGCCUCGUGGAGCAGUUUGCCGGGCUCGCAGCCCAGCCCACGAGCGCCAGGCCCCCGGUGUUGCUCGUCACGGGGCCCAAGGGCGUGGGGAAGUCGGCAUGCUGCAGGUACUUCGCCAACUCCCUCCUCGGGGCACUCGGGGAGGUCUAUUACCUGGAGACCGACCUCGGGCAGCCCGAGCUGGGACCGCCGACGCUGGUGUCGCUGUACAGGCUGCGGAGGCCACUGCUGCAGGCACCGCACUCCGAGCAGGGCUGGCAGGAGUGCUUGUGCUCCUUCUUCGCCGGCGGCACGUCGCCCGCAACGCACCCGGUCCUCUACGUGAAGUGCAUGCGCGCCGCGUUCGAUCGGUACGUGAGCGAGUGUUCGGACAGCGGCAGCCCAGUACCGCCGCUGGUCGUGAACUCCCACGGGUGGGUGACAGGACUCGGUCUCGAGCUGGUACAAGUGCUGCUGGGCAUCGUUCAGGCACAGCUCGUCAUACGGAUUCAAAGUCCGUCUUCGUCGCAGGCUCCUCCAUUGGGAGAUGCGGCCGCGGAGGGCCACGGCACCGGGCUGCAGCGGCGAAGGCGCACCGCGUUGGCCAGGUGCGGCCCGCUGGCGCUGGCGCUCGGCGAGGCGGCGCUCGCCAGCGAGGAGCCGCGCUCCUCGGUGGUCGUGGACGUGGAUUCCCUGGCAGGCGCCAGCCAGGGUGGCGCGGUGCGCGCUCCAAGCUUGGGGGCCGUCGAGCUGCGCUGGCUGCGGCUCGCGUGCCACUUCAGGCCAGAUCUGGACCCCUGCAAAGCGCCAGCCAGCCUGACGCCGCGCGCCUUCUUCCGCUGCGUGCCCCGCGUUCGCCUGCCGCUGCGCGGGCUGCGGUUCGGGCUCGUGCACGGGGGAUGCCUGGCGCCCGGCGAGGUCGAGGCCGCGUUCACUGGGACGGUCGUGGCGCUCUGCCGCGCCGAAGCCCCACUGGCUCCACUGCAACCUGCCGAGGACGCCGAGGCCGAUGGCAAGACGGGCGUGACGGAGUUGCCAGCCGUGCUGGGCCGAGAGGACGCGCAGGAAGCGGCGGAAUGCAUCGGCAUCGGUUAUGUGCACUCCUUCGACUUCGCUGUCGGAGACGUCGAGGUACGUGUCGCUCCAUCCAUCGACACGCUGGCCAAGGUGGGCGUCAUAUUGCGUGGGGACGUGUCCUGGGAGCCUAACAGCGUGCGCGGCCAGCGCGUGAUGAUGGCUGGCAUGGCGGCCGACAACGUUCCAGUGUCCCUGCAGCCGCACUGCUGCUCGUGGGCGCUGGAGGGGCCAGCGACCGGGGCAAAAGUGCUGAGCUCGCGCCGCAACUUGAAGCGGAAGCGGUCGGGAGCAGCCGGCGGGGCAGGCGCGGCCGCGCCCGGCAGCGGCUAGCCAGUGAGGCACCAGCCUCUGGGCCUGGGUCCGCGGUUGCGACGGGCACGAGGCCGCCACGGCCGCAUUUGACGGUGGAACGGAGUGGGCGCGAGCCGGUGGAGGUCGGUGAGCCGCUCUGGCCAGGCCUGACGAGGGAGGUAA